AAAAACAAAAAAUAACUUUGUAGUUUUUUUGGGCAAAUGGCAAGUCAUAUUCUGGUGUAUGGCAUUGGGGCAUUGUCUCUUUCCCGCCGCUCUUGCAGAGUAGUGAGUGAAUUGGCAGCGGCGGGCGGCGGCGGCGGCGGGAGAUGGCAAGUUCUGGAGCAAGUUGACAAGGAAUUGAGCCAGGGGAACGAUAGGGCUGCUUUGAAUCUCGUGAAGGAUUUUCAGGCCAAAUCCGGCGGCCUCCGCUGCUUCGGCGCCGCUCGUCAGAUUCCACAAAGGCUGUACACACUAGACGAGUUAAAACUGAAUGGAAUCGAAACUACGUCUCUUUUAUCGCCUGUAGACAGCACGCUAGGUUCUAUAGAGAGGGGCAUUCAGGCUGCUGCUAUUGCAGGUGGAAUUGCUGCAUGGAAUGUGUUUGAUUUAAGUCCUCAACAAAUCUUUUAUCUAUCUCUUGGAUUGUUGUUUUUAUGGACCUUGGAUGCGGUUUCUUUCAAUGGCGGUAUCAGUUUCUUGAUUCUCGAUACACUUGGCCACUCAAUCAGCAAAAAGUACAACAACAGGGUUGCUCAACACGAGGCAGGCCAUUUCUUGAUUGCAUACUUACUUGGAAUCCUUCCCAAGGGAUAUUCGCUUACCAGUUUGGAUGCUUUGAAGAAGGAAGGAUCGCUCAACGUUCAAGCUGGGACUGCGUUUGUGGACUUUGAAUUUCUCGAGGAAGUGAGCAAAGGAAAAGUAUCAGCCACUACACUAAACAGAUUCUCGUGUAUAGCGUUAGCUGGUGUGGCAACAGAGUAUAUUCUCUAUGGUACUGCAGAAGGAGGCCUUUCGGAUAUCAACACGCUGGACAAUUUACUUAAGGGCUUGGGGUUUACUCAGAAGAAGGCAGAUGGGCAAGUAAGAUGGGCUAUUCUUAACACUGUCUUAAUUCUUCGUCGCCAUGAAAAAGCUCGAGCAAAUCUUGCCGAAGCCAUGUCUGAAGGACUAUCUGUGGGCUCUUGUCUUGACAUAAUUGAGAAAACCACAGAUGUAGCUGAUCUGUAGUAUGUUCGAUACACAUUCAUAUAUGUUUUUUUUUUUUUUUGGCCGAAAACUGAAAUUGUGAAAAUAAAAUAACUGCGGAAAACUGAAAAAUAGCAACUAAAAGCUUUUUCGAGCACGAAAACCAAGUUGCGGAACCGAAGGAAUUUUGUCUAAUA